AUGCAGACGAACGCGGAACAGUCGUCUUCUCCUCCUUCUUCUCCCCAGCUCUCCCCCCGCGAUCUCGCACACGUCGACGGCGCGCUGCACAUGCAUACCAUCGAUGACUCUUCACUUCAAGCAAGACCAGCUCCUUUUGCCGCAGGCGGAACCAGGCUGAAAGAAUUCGACCAGUCUGCUGUAUCGAGUAGGAUACCAUCAGGAACAGCUACGCCUCCUAUAUCCGUAGUCGGCAUUGGCAAUAAGGUCGCAAAGCCCGACUAUUCCGAAGCAAAGAUCGUGGUCGCUACGGUCGGACUACCCGCUCGUGGAAAGUCGUACUUGAGUAAUAAGCUAAUGAGAUACCUCAAAUGGCUGGAGUACGAUGUCAAGGUAUUCAAUGUUGGACAACUGCGCCGCUCACGAGCACGGCAGCUUGCAUUAACAACUGGUCAGCGCGGAUCCCAUAACGCAGACUACUUCAGCCACCAAAAUGCUGAAGCAACUAAACUACGCGACAAGCUUGCGGAAGACAGUCUAGAGAUGCUCAUUCAAUGGCUGAAGGAUGGUGGCAAUGUUGGAAUACAUGAUGCGACCAAUAGCACACGGAGCAGAAGACAAAAAAUUGAACGACGUGUCGCCAAAGAGAAAGGGAUUGUCGUCAUUUUUCUAGAGUCCGUGUGUGACGACCCCGCAGUGAUCGCAGCAAACGUUGCGCUGAAAGUGAGCUCGGGCGAUCCAGACUACAAGGACAUGUCGCCAGAGAUGGCGAAGGCGGACUUCCUGCGGCGCAUCAAAGCGUACGAGUCAGUGUACGAGACGAUCACGGAACCGCACUUGUCGUACCUUAAGAUCAUCAAUGUUGGCAACCAGGUCACGAUGAAUCACAUUCGCGGAUACCUGCAAAGUCGUAUUGCAUUUUAUCUCAUGAACUUGCAUUUGAAGCCGCGCAGCAUCUUCAUGUCCCGGCACGGCGAGAGUCAGUAUAACGUCGAAGGCAAGAUCGGUGGUGACUCUCCGCUCUCCAAGCGUGGCAUGGCGUAUGCUCGCGCACUGCCCGCACUCAUCACAGACAAUAUCGGCGAUGCGGAACUUACCGUUUGGACGUCCACACUGCAGCGGACGAUACAAACUGCGCAACUUUUAACAUAUAAUAAGUUGACGUGGAAGUCUUUGGACGAGCUCGAUGCGGGCGUGUGUGAUGGCAUGACAUACGAGGAGAUUGAGCAAGCGUACCCAGAAGAUUUUGCCAAUCGUGAUGAAGACAAGUUUAACUAUCGAUAUCGAGGCGGUGAGUCGUAUCGCGACGUGGUGGUUCGCCUCGAGCCCGUCAUCAUGGAGCUAGAACGACAAGAGAAUAUUCUUAUCAUUGGCCAUCAAGCCAUUCUACGCUGUUUAUACGCAUACUUCCACAACCUUACCCAAGCCGAUUUACCAUACAUCAAGAUACCAUUACAUACCGUGAUCAAGCUAACGCCAAAGGCAUACGGUUGUGACGAGGAAAGAUAUACUUUGCCCAUUCAAGCCGUGGACACUCACCGUCCGAAACCCCGUGCUACGAAGCAGCCCGAUGACAUUCCGCAGACAACAUCGCGCCGUGAAUACUACGCCGACCCCAUAGUUGCUUGA